AAUAAAUGUGUUAUCAUACGUGUGUAAUUAUUCGUAUGCGAAUCUACAUUGCCUACAAAGUGCUCGUGUGAUAGUUGUUUAUCAUAGCCGACUCUAUAUAAAGGGGUUGGCGGAGCGAAGAAGCAGUAUUUGUGACACGGUACGCGUCCAGUGCGUCGCUCCGUCGCUUGUUAUCCGGUGUCUUAAAACCUCUAUAAAAUGGCUGCGAGAGACCCCGCCUCUGACCAACUUGUCAACUUCAAGAAAUCCGUUAAGGAUUCACCCAGCUAUAUCACUACUAAGUUUGGUACACCUGUAGGUGUGAAAACAGGAAUCUUAACCGUUGGAAAGAAUGGCCCUGCUCUGCUCCAAGAUGCUAAUUUCCUUGAUGAAAUAUCAUCCUUUGACAGAGAGAGAAUUCCAGAGAGAGUUGUACAUGCAAAGGGAGCCGGUGCAUUUGGGUACUUUGAGGUAACUCAUGAUAUCACUAAAUACUGUGCCGCAAAAGUGUUUGAAAAUGUUGGCAAGAAAACACCGAUUGCUGUGCGUUUCUCAACUGUCGGUGGAGAGAGUGGUUCCGCUGACACCGUGAGGGACCCCAGAGGUUUUGCUGUCAAGUUCUACACAGAUGAUGGUAUUUGGGACAUUGUUGGAAACAAUACACCAAUUUUCUUCAUUAGAGACCCAACCUUGUUUCCGAGCUUUAUCCAUACCCAGAAGAGGAACCCAGCAACACAUUUGAAGGAUGCCGACAUGUUCUGGGACUUCAUGACUCUGAGACCUGAAACCAUGCAUCAAUUGAUAUAUCUGUUUGGUGACCGUGGAAUUCCUGAUGGCUACAGAUUUAUGAAUGGUUAUGGGUCCCAUACAUUCAAGAUGAUCAAUGCGCAAGGAGUUCCACACUAUGUGAAAUUCCAUUACAAGACUAACCAAGGUAUCAAAAACCUGUCAGUGGACAAGGCAGCCGAGCUAGCCUCCUCGGAUCCAGACUAUUCCAUUAGAGACCUAUACAACGCAAUCGCGAAAGGAGAUUUCCCAACAUGGACAUUAUACAUCCAAGUCAUGACCAUGGCUCAGGCGGAGAGCUGCAAGUUUAAUCCAUUCGAUUUAACCAAAAUUUGGCCUCACGGCGACUACCCUCUCAUUCCCGUCGGCAAAUUGGUUCUGGACAGAAACCCCAAGAACUAUUUCGCGGAGGUGGAGCAGAUCGCUUUCAGCCCGUCGAACCUGGUGCCCGGAAUCGAACCGUCGCCCGACAAGAUGCUGCAGGGACGCCUGUUCGCGUACAGCGACACGCACCGCCAUCGGCUCGGCGCCAACUACCUGCAGAUCCCUGUGAACUGCCCGUUCCGCGUGACCGUGGCCAACUACCAGCGCGACGGGCCGCAGACCAUGACGCACCAGGACGGCAGCCCCAACUACUUCCCGAACUCGUUUUCGGGCCCGCAGGAGUGCCCGCGCGCGGCGCGCCUGCAGCCGCGCUACCAGCUGGCCGGCGACGUGGACCGCUACGACAGCGGGCAGAGCGAGGAGAACUUCGCGCAGGCCACGGCGCUGUACACGCGCGUGUUCGACGAGGCGGAGCGCGAGCGCUGCGUGCGCUACAUGGCGGCCAACCUCAAGGACGCGGCCGGCUUCAUCCAGGAGCGCGCCGUGAAGCUGCUGGCGCAGGUGCACCCCGAGCUGGGCAGCAAGGUGGCCGCCGCCCUCGCGCCCUACAAGAAGUACCACGCCAACCUCUAAACGCCACUGCCGCCACGCUACUGGGAUUCAUUUGGGUGCUAUCUACACGACUAGCUAUAAGUUUUAGAUUUUUAAUCAAGCCUUUUGGGAGCACAGGUACAAAAAAUAAGACUUAAGAAAUAAUGGAUUAAAAUAUUUUUUUUAUCAUA